UCGGAGCGCCAGCCAUGGAGCCGCAGAAAGAGGCGCGAACUUCCAAGGUCCCUGUAGCGCAUCCGCCUGAGGCCUCGAGGUCUCAGACGCCCAGCGAGGAGGAACGGCGAGAGGGCAGCGCAGCGCUGGCGUCGGCUGGCGCAGGAGCGGAGGCGGACGGAGCCAGUGCCGACGGGUUGUGGGAACUGCCAGUGGAGCCUGCCCGGCGGAGGCCCGAGUGCAGCCGCUGCAGCCGUCCUCAGAAAGUAUGUUUGUGUCCAUUUCUACCAUUGCAUCCUCUCCAUAUCUCUACGCACUUGUACAUAAUUCAGCAUCCAGCAGAGGAAAGCAAAGUGCUUCGGACAGUUCCUCUUCUAGCAGCAUGCCUACCCCAGGAUAAGUGCAAGGUCAAGAUUGGCCGCCGCUUCAGUGAGGAAAGAGAUCCUGAACUUUCAGCGAUUUGUCGGAAGUCUGAUACAUUAAUAUUAUAUCCAGGGGCUGAAGCUGCUAAUUUGGAAGAAUUUAUAUUAGAUUCUCCUGUUUACCCUUCCACAAUCAUCAUCAUCGAUGGCACAUGGAGCCAGGCUAAGGACAUUUUCUAUAAGAAUUCCUUGUUCCGACUUCCCAAACAGGUGCAGUUAAAAACUAGCAUUUCUAGUCAGUACGUCAUUCGGACACAGCCAACAAACAGGUGCCUUUCUACGCUGGAGUGUGCGGCUGUUGCCCUUUCCAUCUUGGAGAAAAAUAACUCCAUACAAGAGACUUUGCUUCGCCCACUUCAAGCUUUAUGCUCUUUCCAGCUUCAGCAUGGUGCUCAAAUUCGCCUCAGCAAGGAACACCUCCUGAAGAAUGGAUUAUAUCCUAAACCCAUGCCAAAAAACAAACGUAAACUCAGGAAAAUGGAACUGUUGAUGAAUAGUGUUAAAAUUUAGUGCACUUGUUCUUAUGGUGCUAGUUAGAGUGUCUUUGACUAACAUUGCCAAGUUAAGUUUUCUUACAAUUAAGUCUGUAGAUUUUUGAAUAAGGAGUAGGAAUUACAAACUAACUUGCCCAGAAAGGGAAGUAAGCCAGAUAGCCAUAAAAUCAAACACAUUUCAUUGACUAAAUUAAACAAUAAGAUGUUACACUGCAUCUAUUUUGUAAAAUGUGCCUCUUAAUUCAUCCUUUCAAAUCCGUAACUUAAAAUGUGGCUACGUGUUGAACUCAGUUACAAGUUCUCGGUUAUUAUAUUGAGGUUAUUAUAUUGAAGGAAGUUAUAUCUGAUUGGAACUAUAUAUUGUUUCCAUUGAUGUUUAUAGAUCAUUAGCUGCAGACAUGUAAUUGAAGAGCUAUCAGUUUGCAGUCUUGUAAGUGCAGGAACUUUAUAGUUUGAAAAAAAUAGCAACAAAAUAAUAACUGUUUACAUAGAACUUAUUUAUUUUAUAAUAUAGUAUAACUGGUCAAAGAACUAUUCGUUAGGGACAAAGUUUGAACUUAGCUAAUAUGCUUUAGCUGUUAUAUUAAUUGCCCUAACUUUUGUAGAGGUGCACGUAAUUUUGAUACAAUAAACAAUUUUCAUUUGUAAUUACUCCUCAUAAUAUA